UCAAUUUGUACAAAUAAUUAAAAAACUAUCAUAUGUUUUACAUACAACUGCAGUCUCUACCUCGACGUGCGCCAGAGAACAAGUUAAUAGUGUUUUUAAGUGUAUUGAAAAUAUAUCACAAUGAGUAUAAUUAAACAAAUUCUUUCUACACUAAUAAUAACUUACACAUGUACGACCUUGGGUCUACUAUUCACACUACCAUCUUCUACUAUCAAGCUCUUUAGUUCAGAGAACACGCCACUAAACCGAGUUAUGACAAAAAGUGAAAUUUCAAUUAUGGGAAGUAUUUCGUCUGCUACCAUGCUUAUAAUAACUCCAUUUUGUGGUUAUCUUUUGGACGUAUUAGGAAGGAAGCGUGCCUUAAUUAUUUUAUUUUCGCCACAAUUGGUGGCAUGGACAUUAUUGGUGACAGUAAAAAGAGUUGAAGGGGUUAUUUGUGCAAUGUGUUUCUGCGGUCUUGGUGGGUCUAUAUUUCCCAUCAUUCCGGUCUACAUCAAUGAGUUUUGUGAACCAUCCGUCAGAGGAGCCCUGAGUUCCAGUGGUUUAAUCUUACAUGGAAUAGGAAUGUUAUUGUCUUAUGGGAUAGGUGGUAUAGUAGACUACAGUACAUUGAACUAUAUAGGACUAAGUUUGGCCGUCGUUGGUAUGGUAUUGUUCUUCUUUUUAAAAGAAUCACCCUUGUAUUUAAUGAGUAAGGGUUUGGAUAAGGUAAGGUUUAUUCUUUUAGUUAAAUCGAAAAGUAUUAGAUGUAUCACAGGAAUAUAUACUAGAUAUUACACGUUUCAGGAAGCUGCUAAAUCCAUUGCCUAUUAUAAAGGAGUUGAGCUUGAUUCUAAAGAAGUCAUAAUACAUCUAGAGAACUUAAGACAACUUAUAAAAAACAGUGACAUAAAAUUAAAUGACAUCCCAGAAAUGGAGAGCUUAAAUCCGGAAACAAAAGCAACUUGGAAAAAUGUAUCAAUAUUUAAAUUUUUCGGGAAUUCGCCUUCUAGUCGUCGUGCAUUUAUCGUACUAAUCGUUCUUUUCACCACAUGUGUAUUUCAAGGCUUGACUGUAGUACAAGUAUUCGCACAACCACUAUUUGCGAAUGCAGUUCCGAGCAUGUCAUCAACUGUAUCGUCCAUUAUAUUUGGAUUGACACUGAUAAUAUCUAGCUUCGUUGAAGCCAUCUUAGUCGAAACAAUUGGCCGAAGAGCGUUACUAAUAGGCUCUUCACUGCUCACCGGUCUGUUGUGUCUAAUUUUAGGGACGCAAAUACAAUUUCAGUGGGGUCCAGGCUGGUUGACAGCUGUUUUUAUAUAUAUUUAUUCCAUGACUUAUACUUUCGGCGCUGGUAUUGUGCCUUACAUUUUAAUGGGAGAGAUAUUUCUGCCUCAGCAUUUAACAGAAAAUAGAGGAAGACGUGUGAAAACCACAUGCAAAAUCUUUAAAACCAAUAUUGGGAAUAAGACAUGAGUUUAGAUAACGUGAUGGAACAGUUAUAAAAAAACCUGGAAAAUGUGUUAGAUUUUGGUUUGGAAUUUGAAGGCAUGUUCAGUAAUGGAAAGAUACUAAUAACUUUAGAAGUGCAACGAUAUAUACGGAAAAUAAUAUAUUAAUUUACUGAUUGAGAUAAAAUAUUAUAUUUUUUUCUUUCCUUAAAUUUUUUUUUGUUCUAUAAUUGUUUCAAAAUUUUAAACAAUAUUCUCGUUAUGUUAAUAAUGACGAAUUGAAAACUUGGAUACCCGGACAUUUAUUUACACUCUAAUAUUUCGUGUAUGUCACAAGUCAGUCUCGUCUUAACCCCGUCUAAUCGCUUUUAUACCCCAAGGCCUUUAACGCGAAGACUUUUCGAAUAUAUCUGAGUACUUAUGAUUUUGAAUUUAAUCUUAU